AUGGAAUUCGUCCCUCCGACAUCCGAUCGCAACCAUGAUGUUGAAAAGGUGUUGGCCUUGGAGAACCCACCGGCCCCGGUGGUGGUGGCGGACAAGCUUUCGCGGAAGCUAUCUGCUCGUCAGGUCCAAAUGAUAGCCAUCGCAGGAACCAUUGGCACGGGUUUAUUUUUGGGAACGGGAAAAUCAUUGGCAACUGGUGGACCUGCAUCGAUGUUGAUCGCGUAUUCCAUUGUGGGGGGCAUCGUAUUCUUAACCCUGCUGUCGCUUGGCGAAAUGACGGCCUUCAUCCCUAUUGCUGGAUCGUUUUGCACAUAUUCAGGCCGCUUCGUCGAUGAUGCUUUUGGAUUUGCUCUGACGUGGAACUACUGGUUUAAUGACGCCGUGGCUACGGCGGCGGAUCUUGUCGCACUGCAGCUUUUAUUGAAGUAUUGGACGGAUAACUUUCCAGGAUGGGCUCUAAGUUUGAUUUUUCUUUUCAUUUUGAUUGGGCUUAAUAUUGUCACAGUACGAGCGUACGGCGAGAUGGAAUACUGGCUCAGUCUUCUGAAAGUGAGCACUAUUGUGAUUUUUAUUAUCCUUGGAAUUGCGGUCAACUUGGGCGGCAACGUAGACAGAAAAUACAUCGGAGGGAAGAAUUGGACCAUCGGAGACGCCCCCUUUGUAGGUGGUGCUGGCGGAUUUGCAUCCGUUUUUGUCACUGCUGCAUUUGCCUAUGGUGGAACUGAAUCUAUCGCAGUCACUGCAGGAGAGACCAAAGAUCCAGCUGUAACUCUCCCGAGAGUGAUUCGCAAUGUCUUUUGGCGUAUAUUAAUAUUCUAUGUCAUUGGCGUGCUGAUUAUCGGCCUGGACGUCCCGCAUACCUUUCCUGGCCUUUCAAAUAGGAACGCCAACACUAGCCCCUUCACCAUUGUUUUCCAGAAGGCUGGGAGCAGGGUGGCUGGAAGUUUCAUCAAUGCAGUGAUCAUGACGUCCGUCAUAUCCGCCGGCAACCAUGCUCUGUUUGCUGGGUCUCGACUUAUGUAUGCAUUAGCUGUGGAUCGCCAUGCCCCGGCGAUUUUGGGGAAGUUAAAUCGAAAUCGGGUUCCAUGGGUUGCGGUGCUUGUGACCUCCUCUUUCAGCGCACUGUGUUUUGGAGCUAGUUAUAUCGGCGCUGGGCAGCUGUGGAUUUGGCUACAAAACAUCGUCGGAGUUUCCAAUCAAAUAUCUUGGAUGGCGAUUGGUAUUGCCUCGCUACGAUUCCGCGGCGCCAUCAGGCGUCAAAACCUGGAGCAUCUCCUCCCAUUCAAAAACUGGGCUUACCCCUAUGGCCCGAUUGCCUCCAUAUUCCUUAACGGCCUAAUUAUCCUUGUCCAGGGCUGGAGUUCUUUCCGCCCUAGAUUCAACGGAGUCGAUUUUAUUAGCUUUUACAUUCAAUUACCAGUUAUGAUCGUAAUGUUCGUCACUUGGAAACUGGUGAAGCGGACGAAGUUUGUGAGCCUGGAGGAGGUGGACUUAGUCACUGACCGGUACGAUGGCGGCGCCGAAGGGACUGUGGCAGCGGAGCUACGGGCGAAGAAGCCUUUUAAAGAGCUUACCCUGCAAGAGAAAGCCAAACGGAUUGGAACGUGGUUUUUCUUUUGA